GUUUUAAAACGUCUCGUGCAUGAACUCUUACUUUCGCCUACUUCGGUGUUUUAGUGCAAAUAUUUGUGGCAGCCUACUUGACAGCUUGUUUUGUACGGCUGCAUAUUAUUAGCCAAGGCCGAAGAACCACCCUAUCGGAAGCGAAGCUUUAUAUAGAUUAUAUUUUGCUAUUAUUGUGCACUCUCGUCGAUUAUGCUUGCUAGUAGUUGAAGCUGUCACCCGUGUGUUUUGGUGUUAACAAUUUCUUAUUAUUUUUGCCUUUAAAAACGGUGUGUGUUGUCAGUCCUUUCCGGGAGCUGGGUGCAUGGUCGAAGCCGAAAUGCAGCCCAAAUACCGACGAAAAGCGCACACCAACGCCCGAAAUACAACUUUUCUGGGCCUUUUCAGACGGUUGCGUCGUCGAUUUGAUUGAUUUGUUUGAAGAGGGGUUUGAGCCCCGAUUUAUGUAACCUUUGGAGGGAACGGUGAUGCCUUUUGUGGAUUGGUUGCUUUAGAUUAGUGGGCGGGAUUUGCAUAUUAAAGAGUACAGUAAGGCUUUUAAGAUGAUGAUAAUUAGUUAUUCCCUAUUUCGCUAUAUGUCGUUAUAUAGUACAUUUGCAUAGUUGGUAGCCUAUAGUGCAGGGAUGCAUAUACUGUGCUAACAUGCACUAGUUUCCAUGCACGCGAUAUAUGCAUCCAGUUUGCAUGGUAUUUUAAAGUAGCUGUUUAGUCUGAGUUGUUUUCCGUCUAAUAGCAUAGGCCUAUUUCCUUCCGAUAAUAAGUAUUGGUCGUCUGUAUUCUGUAUCAUGUAGGCUGGAUCUUUGAAUGGCUGCACGUAACCUCGUCUCGUUGCACGUACACCAUUCUACACCCUUUAUGGCGAAAUGGCAGCUGAACAGCACCCAGGGGGAGAUCAGAGUUGGCCCAAGCCACCAGGCCAAGCUUCCCGAGCUGCAGCCUCCUCCUGCCCCUGGUGCGGAGACGGUGACGGAGAAUGAGGAGCUGGUGUGGAUGCCGGGGGUCAAUGACUGUGACCUCCUCAUGUACCUCAGGGCUGCCAGGAGUAUGGCAGCGUUUGCAGGCAUGUGUGAUGGAGGGUCCACAGAGGACGGCUGCCUGGCAGCAUCACGUGAUGACACAACUCUCAAUGCUUUAAAUACGCUUCAUGAGAGUCACUACAAUGCCGCGAAGGCCCUGCAGUGUCUGGUGAAGAAACCUGUGCCCAAACUGAUCGAAAAGUGCUGGUCGGAGGAUGAAGUGAAACGCUUCAUAAAGGGCCUGCGUCAGUAUGGCAAGAACUUCUUCAGGAUUCGUAAGGAGCUACUGCCCAACAAGAAAACGGGUGAGUUGAUCACGUUCUACUACUACUGGAAGAAGACGCCUGAGGCUGCUGGGCUGCGGCCGUACAGGCAGUACCGUAGGCAGCCCACGUCUCGCCGAGCGAAGACCCGCAACGCCACCGCAAACGCCACCUCACGCACUCCAUCAAUGGAGCUGAGCUCGGCCAGUGAUGAUGACCUGGACAGUGAGGACAGUGAGAACAGCCUGAAGGGGAGCGUCUGUCAACACUGCAACACCACAUCGUCCAAGGACUGGCACCACGGCGGGCGGGAUAACAUCUUGCUGUGCACUCCCUGCUUCAACCACUUCAACAAGCAUCGCCGCCUGCCACCCGUGCCCAAGCCCUCCGACCCCCCCUUCAUGUUCAAGCCCGUCAAGGAGGAGGAGGAUGGCAGCGGAGGAAGGCACGGGAUGAAGACCAGAUGCAGUCGCGCUCCCGUGUCGUCCCUGAGAAGCGGGCGCAAGCGAGUGACGGGCAGCCCGGACGGCAAGGCCUCUCUGGGCGACGACACCCGCAAGAGAACGAGCGCCGGCGCCGAGGAGAGAUCCUCCCCCAACAAUUACCCCCCGCCACGUGGCGGCCAAGCCCCACACCGAGAGAACACCGGCGCUAUGGCAACCAGAGCUUCCAACGCAGAGAGUAAGAACACGGCCACCGCCGCCACACAGAAGGCCAGUAAGAAAGGUAAAGUGGAGACGCCUCUUGCUAAAGGGGUGAAGCGCCAAAGAGAAGAUAAUUCUGCACAGGACAGAGAUGAGACCCAGAUUAAAGCCAGUAAAAGAUCAAAGACUCAGGAGGGACCUGACUCCUUUUCGGAGGCCGAGGUCGAAGCGGAGCCCGAAGGAGUCGAACCCGAGCCCGAACGCGAGCCCGAGGUCGAACCAGAGGCUGAGGGAGAGGUGGAGGCUGUGGCAGAAGUGGAACGGGAGGGAGCGGAGGGAGAGGCGGAACCCGAGGGCGAGGGCGAGGUAGAGAGUUUGGACAGCCAGAGCCGCAGCAGCAGCGCCCAGGAGGAAGGAAGCAGCGACACCAAAGACAUAGACCAGGACAACCUCAGCUCCUCGCCCAGCCUGCCCAGCCCCCUGCAGGCCGGCAACGAGAGCGACUCCGACUCCUCAGCCCUUCCCCCGCCACAGCAGCAACCCGCCGCGGCCCUCACACCACAGCCACCACCAGCAGGAGCCCCUAACACCAACACUGCUACCCCAUCAUCCAACCCACCAUACACCCCAGCAGGGGCCACCGCCGUGGGGCCACCACCUCCAACAGGGGCCACAGCCCCGUCUGACCCCCCACCACCUCCUCCACCACCACCACUACCUGCUCCGUCUCAGCAGCCCGUGGCUUCUCAGCCGCCCCCCAGCACCCCGUGCCAGCGUGGGCCGUCAUCUCCAGGAGUGCUGGUGUCCCCCAUGCAGCGCCUGUCCCCCCCUGUUGCCACCCCCGCCUGCCCUCCUUCACGGCCUCCAGUGUCAUCCCUCCAGCCCCCUCCACCACUACCACCACCACCAUCAGCAGCAGCAAUAGUAUCCGCUGCAGAAAUGCAGCAUCCAAUGCGGGGCUCCCACACCGUCUCUGCCCCCUUCCACCUCCUCCAGGGGCCUCCCUUCCCUAGCCACUUGCCGCCUCCUCCACCACCAUCGGCAUCGCAGCCGUCGGUGACCGAGACCCAGUCUAACGUGCCGUCAUCCCAGCCUCCUAAUCCCACAGGCCCAUCCCAUCCAGCGCAGGGCUUCCCCCCCACCGCCCGCUUCCCUCCCCCUCCUCCUCCUCCUCCUCCCCCGGCGCGUCAGCCUUUGUCUCCAUCAGCAGUCCAGAUCAGGCCCCCUCCCACCACUCCCAUCCCGCACUCCCACACGGGCAAGCCCUUGCCGCACCACCACGUGCCCAGCCCAGCGACCGCCAGCCCGGCCUUCCUGCAGAUGCCCCCCAACCUGCCCCCUCCGCCGGCCCUCAAGCCUCUGGCCUCCCUGCCCCCGCCCCAGCACCACCCGUCCGCCUGCACCCAGCCCCCGCCCCUGCAGAUCAUGCCCCAGCCUCACACGCACCCUCAUGCGCAUCCACAUUCCCAUCCACAGUCUCACCCUCAGGGGCUGCAGUCCCACCCUGCCGCUCAGCAACCCCCUCUACUGGCGCAGUCGCAGUGCCACAUGGUCAAAGGGGCUCCGCAACAGCAGCCACAGCAGCAGCACCCCCACCUCCACCACCAGGGCCACGGGCCCCCCUCGCCCCACCAUCACCACCACCAUCACCACCACCACCGGCCCCACCACCACCACAUCCACCAGCACCACCCCAACUACAUCGUCCACCGGCCCAAUCAGCACCACCAGCACCAGCACCACCACCACCACCACGACCUGCCGCCUUCCUCCAGCACCAAUCAGCCCUCCUUCUCCCUCUCCUCCUCUUCCUCCGCGGCUGCUGCCUCCGCCUCGGCCGCGUCUGCGGCCUCAGCUGCGGCUCUGCAUCAGUCAUCAUCAUCAUCGUCGUCAUCGUCAUCUUCGGCCCAUGUUUCCUCAUCUUCCUCCUCCUCGUCUGUGGCCGGAGGGCCCAUGCCCAUGUCUCUUCACAUGCCGAUCAAAGAGGAGCCUCUGGAUGAUUCGUGCGAGGAGUGUGACAGCCCGCCCCCCAUGCGCAGGAGCCCGUCACCGGAGCCCGUCGUGGUCAACACGUCCAGUCACGCCAGCCAGUCAGCACGGUUCAUUAAGGUGCUGGAUCGUGGCUACAACUCGUGUGCCCGUACCGACCUGUACUUCACCCCGCUGGCCUCGUCCAAACUUGCCAAAAAACGAGAGGAGAACCUGGAGCGCUCCCGAAAGGAGAAAGAACGCCAGCGAGAGAACGAGCGCGAGAGGGAGAGAGAGCGGGAGAGAGAAAGGAGUGCCGAGAAGCUUUCGAGAGCCUCCAGCUCUGAGGGUCGGCCGAUAGAGAGCCAGGUUCCCGCCCACGUGCACAUGCGGCCGUCCUUCGAUGCCCCUCCCCCCACCACCGUGGCCGCCGUGCCCCCGUACAUUGGCCCCGACACGCCCGCCCUGCGGACUCUUAGCGAGUAUGCCCGCCCGCACGUCAUGUCCCCCACCAACCGCAACCACCCCUUCUUCAUGCCCCUGGCGCCCGGCGACCCGCUGCUGGGCUACCACAUGCCAGGGCUGUACACCGGCGACCCCGCGCUGAGGGAGAGGGAGCUACGCGACCUGCGGGAACGGGAGAUCCGCGAGCGCAUGAAGCCGGGCUUUGAGGUCAAGCCGCCGGAGCUGGAGGCCGCGGGGAUGCACGCCGCCUCUGCCAGCGCCAUGGAGCACUUCGCCCGCCACGGGACCCUGGCGCUGCCGCACAUGGCCGCCGCCGCCGCUGCUGCCGCCGCCGCCGGAGCGCCGCACCCCUUCGCCUUCCACCCGGCGGUGGGUGCGGCGCUGGAGCGGGAGAGGCUGUCCAGGCCCGACAUCACCUACGCCGAGCGGCUGACGGCCGAGAGGCUACACGCCGAGCGCAUGGCCUCUGUGGCCGCCAACGACCCCGCGGCACGGCUGCAGAUGCUCAACGUCACGCCGCACCACCACCAGCACUCGCACAUCCACUCACACCUGCAUCUUCACCAACAGGACUCGCUCGCACAAGGCUCCAGCCCCCAUCCUCUUGACCCGCUGGCUACCGGCCCCCCUCUGGCCCGCUUCCCCUACCCACCUGGCGCCAUGCCCAACCCUCUCCUCAGCGAGCUGCCCCACGAACACGAGAUGCUCCGCCACCCACUCUUUGGCGUGGCAUACCCCCGGGAGCUGCUGGGCCCCCAGCCCCCCACCAUGUCAGCUGCCCACCAGCUGCAGGCCAUGCAGGCCCAGUCGGCCGAGCUGCAGAGGCUCGCUCUGGAGCAGCAGUGGCUGCACGGACACCACCACCUGCAUGGGGCGCCCCUCCCUGGCCAGGAGGAUUACUACAGGUAAUAAAAAGAUUCGCCUGAAGAAAGAGGGGGACAAACAGUCAUAACAUGCUCCUGUGAUUAGCCACCUCUGUGAUGAUGUUUGGCCCAGGUCAGUGUGUGCUUUGGCUUGGCAUGGUAUGGUAUGUUAUUGAGCACUGUUCAUCCCUGUCACCCAACACCCCAGAGAAUGCAACACUUAUGAGACCCCAUUUGUGACAUAUGCGAUUUAAAUACGUGAAAAAAUGGGUGCAAAAGACUGUAAGACUGUACUUUUUUUCUCCUCAUGUUUUCUACUUGUUUGGUCUAUAUUUUACUGUACAGUGUUAACCUCCUUACAUUUUAGCUCUGCUUUAUUUUCCUUGCAUGACUAUUACUCUCCUAUUUCAUAGAUUAAUACAAAAAAACAACUUUGUUAUCAUGUAAGAAGCACAGUAGGUAGAAGUGUAUUUAGACUCCAAAGCGGUGCUGUUUAAACCUCCCAUAGUGUGUAACACUAUAAAAAGGUUUCCGCAUUUAUAGGAAACCUUCCCGUCAGUUGUGAAGACCAGAUUUUGAGAUUGUAAAUAAUAUAUGUACAAAAUAAUAUAUUAACUGAGGAUAUAUCUAAAAUAUGACUAAAUAUUACAAUGAUGAUUUUUUUAUAUAUAUAAAAUAGUUCACCUGUGUGUAAAAACAAGGCAUGAUGUCACAAUACUGUAUCGUCUUCCUUGCUCUUCCUGCUUUCCUAACUACUAUAUUUCUGAAAGCAAAAAUUUACCAUAGUAUUAAUACAUGUCCUUUCUUGUUGUUCACAUAAUGUACUUUGAAAAUAGACAUCGUAUGGAGAGAUUUGAAGUUUGGAAGAGGGAUGUUUAAAUGCAUUACAAAUAAGGUUUAUUUGUCAUACCUAAUUUCUUGAUGCGUCAUAAUGUGAUCAAUAAAAAAAACAACCUUUAAG